AUGAGGCUGCUGCCGGCUGUCGUUACAGCGUCACUAAUGUUGGCGGUGGCUUAUUAUGUUUACAUCCCGCUGCCUGAUGCCAUCCAGGAGCCGUGGAAGUUGAUGAUGCUGGAUGCUGUGUUCCGGACAACGAUGCACCUGGCCUCUUUGAAGGCGUGGCUGGGCUUUGACCACUACAUCAAGUCGAUUCGGUCGAGCACGGAAGGCUUCGAGGGCAUGAUGCAGGCGGAGUCAGGCGGAGGGGUCAUGCCCGGAGUGAAAGUCAGCGACACCACUUUUGCUGGCAUUCCGGUCACCGUGUAUGAGCCCCCGGCCGGCGGGGAGGGUCAUCUGAGGAGGGGGUUGAUGUAUUACCACGGCGGAGGCUGGGCCCUCGGCAGUGCCAAAAAGGGUUCAUAUGACACAAUCAACCGGAUGAUGUCGGAUGAACUCAACACUGUUGUGGUCUCUGUUGAGUACCGUCUGUAUCCAGAGGUGCACUUCCCAGUGCCCUACUUGGACUGCCUCGCUACUGCCAAGCACUUCCUGUCCCCAGAGGUUCUGGCCAGCUAUGCAAUCGACCCUGAGCGCGUGGCUGUGGCCGGUGACAGUGCCGGAGGAAACCUGGCUGCUGCUGUCGCUCAGGAGAUUUCAUUAGAUGACACCAUGAGUGUGAAAUUCAGCGUCCAGGCGUUGAUCUACCCGGUGCUCCAGGCUCUGGACUUCAACACGCCCUCCUACUUGCAGAACCAGUACAUCCCAGUCCUCCACCGGACCCUCAUGGUCCGCUUCUGGCUGCAGUACCUCAACGCCGACCUCUCUUUGCAGCCCCAGCUGAUGGUGAACAACCACAGCUCCGACAUCACCCCAGAACUGAGGGCACGCCUGGACUGGAGCGUCCUCCUGCCCCCGAAAUACAAGAAGAGCUAUAAGCCCGUUACUGGGGGAAAAGGUGCACAGGGGUUAACGAAAGAGGUUCCAGGGCUGCUGGACGUGAGGGCAUCGCCACUUUUAGCAGGAGCAGAGGUUUUGGCCAAAUCCCCUCGGUCGUAUAUCCUAACGUGCGAAUACGACGUGUUGAGGGACGACGGCCUGAUGUACGCACGCCGCCUGCAGGACGCAGGUGUCACAGUUACCAGCGACCACUACGAGGACGGCUUCCAUGGGGCUUUCAGCUUCAUAACCUGGCCUUUUGAGUUCGAAAUUGGGAAGAGGGCGAUCAGGGGCUACCUCAACUGGCUCAAGAACAACCUGUAGGCGAAGCGCGUGUGCAAAGGAGUGAAAGCGUCCCGUGCAUGUGUGUGUUUCACUGCCCUCGCUUUGUGAAUCACAGACUCACUAAGGGCUUGUACAUCCGCUCUUUGUAUAAGAAUGUAAAGAUCUAAGCUCAGGGCCCCUCGUGUACCUGCCGAUACACACACACACACCACCUCGGUGCGUAUGAAGUUUACAUGAUAAUUAGAGGAUUCCUAAAGGUCUGAACAGCAAAAAGGCAAACACUGUUACCAGCCAACAAAAAGUAUUUCAUAGAUCCACAUAAGCGCUUCACAGCCACAAGCUCUCCAUUAGUGGAUAAACUAAUCAGCUGCUUCCUCUGGGAAAAAAAAACAAAACACCACAUCAGUGCACCGAUUCAUUCACACCACCAAUACUUGAACAGCGUGUAUCACAAGGAUUGCAAUCGAUUUUAUACUUCUAAAAUAAAAGUAGGAUAAUUCUAACUUAGACACGGCGGAUCAUUUUUUUAAGUGAUUAUGUAACCCAGAACAUUUCAUCAUGAUGCCUCACACAGAAAUCAUUGUAUAACCAGUGUUGAAAGAUUACACAAACAAAGUGCAAUAAUGGAAAUUCCAGCAGUGUUCACUGUUUCAGUGUCCACUCUAAAAAUGGAUGCUAGUGUCAGCCUGUUUGUCAGUCUGCCGCUGUAAUAUCUCGACGUCUGUCUGGGGGGAUCGCCAAGAAAUCUUGUACAGGCGGUCAUGUUGCCCAGAGGAUAACUCCUGAUGACUUGAGUUAUCCCAGGUCCCUCCAGAACCACCCACUUGGGGUUUUGGUUAAAUAUCUUAACAUCUGCUGGAUGGUCACCUCAGAAUAAUUAUAAAUAGCUGUGGUGAUCCGUUUACUUUUCAUCCAGCACCAUAAUCAGGUAAAACUAAUAAUGAUGUGAUCGAAUACCUGCAGAACUAGUAACAUUCCCAUCUGCCCCAACUGUGCUAAUUAGCAAAUGUUUGCAAGCUAACAUGCUUAACUAAGACGGUGAACAUCAGGAAACAUUAUCUGCGCAGCGUCAGCGUUUUCAGUAUGGUCACUUGCAUGUUAGCAUGCAGAUGUUAGCAUUUAGUGCCAAAGUACCGCUGUGCCUCAGUACAGCCUUAGGGAGCUGUGAGCACGGCUGUAGACUCUCGUUGUAUGAAGAAAGAAAAUAUAUAUAAGAAGAAUUUCCUUUAAUUACUUUUUAAAAAAUUCAUUGCAUUUCUUUUGGACUUUUUCCGUGUGUUUGACAGCUCACAUACAUGUCAUAAACUCCCAUCUUGUACCCCGUGCAACACAAGAAGGUGAUGUCUUCCCUGGCGCAUGACGUUGGCACUUGACAAUCUUAUUGCACUACUUCUUUAAGUUUCAUUCCAUUUGUUUUUCACAUUGUGUUUGAUAUUCUGUGUCUCUUGACAACGUUUUGUGAUUUAAAUGGUACCUGUGGAGCAUGAACAAAUCACUGAAGUUGUCAAAAUUACUAUUGUGCCCAGUAUCUGCUCUGCUGGGUGAGAACUGGCUGAAUAGUUGGCUUUUUAAUAUGUACAUGUAGAGAACCAUGUUGUUUUAACCGUAACAUACAGGACAUCUGAGGGGCAACACUUGCCUCCAAGAUGUAUGUAGUAAAACUAGGACUCUGCAAGGGCUCCAGAUUAUAUAAUUUCACUUUUAAAUUGGAUUAUAGUGUCUUUUAAACAUUUCACGUGGGACACAAAAUGUCCCUUUAUGUCUCUGCUCUGCCCAUUGUUGUGAUUUAAGAAGAAACAAAUGAAGGAUGUCAAUAAAAAAAAACAAGAAGUUGUUCUCAUGAAA